CGUCUCAGAGAAGAUAAACAAAAAGGAAGGAAGCCGUCGGCCAUACAAUCGCGGCAAAAUCGGUUCAAAAAUUUAGCUUGCGAGCUACAGUUAGCAACUACAUGUGCCCUUUUUAGCUUAGAUAACUACUAGUAGACGUUCACAGUCAUGGACGAGGCAAUAGUAUUUCGUAUGAGUGCAUUUUCGGAGCAAGGAGGGAGGAAAUACAUGGAGGAUGUUGUCGAGAUAAGAAUCGAGUACGAGCCGACGCCAGUCGAAGAUUAUCCAAAGUCGCAAAGACAUGGAGGACAGGGAAAAGCCGAGAGUGAGCCUACCAAACAGACUGAAAAUGAGACACAUGCUCACAACGUUGCUUCUGAUUGUGGCCCAGCUUCCGCAGUGUGGGUAGAGAGUCUAUCAAAUGAGGACACUGACAACAACAGUGCGCCGGUAUCAGACGAAAAAGUCGCAGAGCACGUAGUGAACACUCGGAAGUCUGUGGCGUUUUUUGCUGUAUUUGACGGUCAUGGGGGCCGAGAAGCAGCACACUUCGCAAGAGAGAAUCUGUGGGAUUUAUUGAAAAGGCAGCGGGGGUUUUGGUCGAAGGAUCAUAGUGAAGUGUGUGCUGCUCUUCGGAAAGGGUUCAUCGCAUGUCACCAUGCCAUGUGGAAAGAGUUACCGGAGUGGCCAAAGACUAUCACUGGCCUGCCCAGUACGUCAGGCACCACGGCCAGCGUGAUUGUGAUCCGUGGAGUUCACAUGUAUGUUGCCCAUGUAGGGGAUUCAGCAGUAGUGGUUGGAGUGAAAGAAAAUGACUCUGAUAUCACACUCCAGGCCCUCGAAGUGACACAAGACCAUAAACCUGAGCUUCCCAAAGAAAAAGAAAGGAUUGAACGACUGGGUGGCAGUGUAAUGAAGAAAUCUGGGGUGAACCGUGUUGUGUGGAAGAGGCCCAGACUGACCCACAACGGUCCGGUGAGGAGGAGUACAGUCAUUGACCAGAUCCCCUUCCUGGCUGUGGCCCGAUCCCUUGGUGACCUGUGGAGCUACGAUUUCUAUAGUGGGGAGUUUGUGGUUUCUCCGGAGCCUGAUACCACCGUGAUGACCCUUGACCCUAAACGGCAUCGCUACAUCAUCCUCGGCAGUGAUGGACUAUGGAAUAUGAUGCCACCCAAGAAUGCUGUCAACAUGUGUUACAGCCACGACAAAAUGGUGGGACCAAAGGGAAUGUCUUGCGCCCGCCGGCUGGGAUGCACAGCCCUACUGUUUUGGAAAGAGCGGAUGCUCCGUGCAGACAACACGACAGUCAUUGUCUUGGCCCUACAGGAGCACGGCGGCCCGCCUAUCCCUAUGCAUCGAGAUGAGAUUGUUGUUGACAUGGCUACAGGAAUUGACCAUGUUCCAUACCCAGGAACUACUUAUAACACAUGUGAGGUCCCAAAGCGGAGCGAUGCAGUGAAUGCAUCCUCCCCAUUCAAAGACAGUUCCACAACACUGGAGCAGGCAUUUGGGCUGUAUGAGGCAGCCUUCUGUGCCACUGCACAGCUCUUACCUGACGUCAUCUCUGUGCGGGCCACGCUGCCCCCCUCAGAUGGUUGUGUGAGUGUUUUUGAAAAGCAAGACUCGACAACCCAAAUGGACUGUGCUACUUCUGCUCCUCCGUUAAAAAGGCCUCGCCGCUCUCCGCACACCCCCCCUGAACUCAGAGGUGCUCACCGUCGCCUUGGCAGGUCCUCCAACAGCAGCGUCCCCCAGAAGAUGCCUCACAGCUAUGUACAAAAUGAACAACCAAACGAUGGUCAAACUUGUGCUCAAAAAAGAGAAAUAAGCUCCUCUGAGGAACACAGUAUCCUGCCACCGCACCGCAACUCUGCCUUGUGCGUGUGCUGAAUGUUGUCUCAAAGGAGCAGUGUCCUGAGACUAGGAUAAUCUGCAUCAUGUCAUCUUUACUCAUCUAUCAGGUGUGCCACAGGACGAUACCUAGAUGUAUACUUUUUAUACAGAGUCUUUUGUUUUUGUAAAUAUGUGAGAAAACUGAGAUUGUAAAUGUGUUGCUGUCUUGACCUUUUAGUCUUGCUCUUCUUUCUUGCCCCCUCCUUUUUAAAUUUUAGUGUUUGCGGAAAUUACAAAUUUUAGAUCCAUUAGAAUCUACACAAUCUAUUUUAAUACUUAAAAAUAUGUAUAGUAUAUCCAAAAGAAGUAUUUUCAAGAAGAUAGAUCACUACAAUCUGAGGUAAACAUCAGUUCACCAGAAUUGUGUCACAUGCAAAGAAUUAACUAUUUUAGAUGUUUUGACUUGGUGAAUGCCAUGACAUGGCCAUUUUUCCUUGAUCGGGGUUAAUACCUCAGACCAGUUGUUUGCAGUCUUUCCUCUUAGAUGAAAUGUGUUACUAUGCCAUUGUUUGAUGGUUAUUUUACUGUUUCAUGGUGUUGGGGCGUAUUGUUGGUUAGUUGUCAUCUGACGACAUUAGAUUCUGAGUUUCAACUUCUGAAGGUGUGUUAUUCAGAUGCAGUAGUUGCCCCUGAUAGUGAUAAAACUGCAGGGUACGUAACAAUAGACAACAUUUGACAAGCACUGAUCUGAGGUCAUUAUGAGAGUUUACUUUAAAUCUAUAUUAUUUGUUUUGUGUCUUUACCAGUGGCUAAGUGUGUACUGGUCCCAUUCGCUACUCUGCUAACUGGUGUAUCUUGUGCAUAGCUUGUGAGGAGAUGUAAAAGGGUCAGUUCACCCAAAUCAAGACAAAAAAUAUAGAACAUAUUCUUUCACUUACCCUUGUGGUUUCCAUCCAUGUAGAUCUGUGUGUUUUAAUGAACUGACCCUUUAGAUGGUACCUGGAGUGUGCUUGACCCUGGCUUGUGUCUUUUUGUUUGUAGGACGUCCAUUUCUUUUUUAAGUGUCCACUAGGCACUAACACCAUUUUAAGAGGUCUUCCUCGUUGAUCUUAAAUUUUGUUCUGAUCUUAUACCUUAGGUACGUAUGUUAAAUACAGGAAGUGCCCAAUACAUGGUGUAUAUACAGUGAAUAACCGUGAUCGAAGCUCUUAACUUUUAUUAAUAUGGCAGCUCAGUUACUGUUCUAGCUGAUUUGUUUGCCUUUUUUUUUAUUUUACAUAAAUGUGUCAUGUUUGCCUUAGCACAAACAAGUCAGAGGUGCUUUUCACAUAUGUGGGACUCAAACAGGUGAAAAUCUCUAGGUUAUGUCAAUGUAAGUAAGGCUGUGGCAGCCUCAACCAUGUAUCAUGUACCUUCAGUUCUACACCACUAUCAUUUUAGCAUUCUCACUGUAGCACACUGAACCCGGUUGAUGUUUUUCAGUUAUUACAUAGCAGUUUGUUGGUUUUGUACAGUGUGUCAAUAUGCAAUAGAAGUUGUACAGUACAUUAUUAUGCAAAGUUAUUGGGUUUUUCAGGAGUCUGGCAUGCUCGGAUCUUAUCCAUAUGUUGUGAAGUGUCCAGAGGUAAUGGAUGUCAAUGCGCAUGUGGUUUGUUUUUGCAUCUGGCUUCAUAUCCACCUCCACCAGUUUUCACGACUAACUGUACUUGUUACAUGCUUUGAAAGUGACUGGAUAUACAGUGUCUGUGUGUUGUAAUAAAGUUCUCAUUUUCCAAUUGG